AUGAAGGAGCUGAAGGGCUGUGGCAUGCGCUCCUCUGUGGGCUUUCUGUCCCGCAGAGAGCUCAGCGGACAGCCGCUCAUGAAGGAGGAAUUCCAGCGGCUCCGGCUGGCGGGCUGCACCAGCCUCUACAAGAGGGAUAUGCUGGGGCACUUCGGCUGUGUCAACGCCAUUGAGUUUUCCAACAACGGAGGAGAAUGGCUGGUGUCGGGAGGGGAUGACCGGCGAGUGCUUUUGUGGCACAUGGAGAAAGCCAUUCACUCUCGAUCCAAACCUGUGAAACUGAAGGGGGAGCACCUGUCCAACAUCUUCUGCUUGGCCUUUGACAGCACCAACAAGAGGGUAUUCUCUGGAGGAAAUGAUGAACAAGUGAUUCUUCAUGAUGUAGAAAGAAGGGAGACUCUGAACGUGUUCCUCCACAUUGAUGCCGUUUACAGUCUCUCUGUGAGUCCGGUCAAUGACAAUGUUUUUGCCAGUUCCUCUGACGACGGCCGCGUUCUGAUCUGGGACACUCGCGAGCCACCACACGGAGAGCCCUUUUGCCUGGCCAGCUACCCCUCAGCAUUCCACAGCGUCAUGUUUAACCCGGUCGAGCCCCGACUUCUGGCUACAGCAAACUCAAAGGAGGGAAUAGGUCUGUGGGACAUCCGCAAGCCUCGCAGUUCCCUCCUGCGUUACGGAGGCAGUAUGUCUCUACAGAGUGCGAUGAGUGUCCGCUUCAACAGCACUGGGACACAGUUGCUGGCCCUGAGGCGCCGCCUGCCCCCCGUCCUCUACGAGCUCCACUCACGACUGCCCAGCUUCCAGUUCGACAACCAGGGAUACUUCAACUCCUGCACCAUGAAGAGCUGCUGCUUCGCUGGGGACAAGGACCAGUACAUCUUGUCUGGCUCUGACGACUUUAACCUUUAUAUGUGGAAGAUCCCAAAAGACCCAGAAGCGGGAGGUCCAGGGCGUGUGGUGAAUGGGGCCUUUAUGGUUCUGAAGGGGCACAGGUCCAUCGUGAACCAGGUCCGCUUCAACCCUCACACCUACAUGAUCUGCUCCUCCGGGGUGGAGAAGGUCAUCAAGCUGUGGAGCCCGUACCUGCAGCCCGAGAGUCUGGGAGACCUGGACGGCCACGUGGAGGACCUGUCCCGCAGCCUGUACACACACGAGGAGUACAUCAGCCUGGUCCUGAACAGCGGCAGCGGACUGUCCCACGACUAUGUGUCCCAGUCCAUCCAGGAGGACCCCCGCAUGAUGGCCUUCUUCGACUCGUUGGUCCGGAGGGAGAUCGAGGGCUGGAGCUCCGACUCAGACAGCGACUUGAGCGAAGAGGCAAUCAUGCAGCUUCACGCUAGGGGGCGCCGGGCGACUAGGACCACGCCCGCCACACCAGCCCCUCCCACCGUGCAAAACACAGAUUCGGACAACUCUUCGUCUUCAUCGCUGGCUGCUCCAGAUGUUUCUGACGGCGAAGAGGAGCGCAAAAGAAGAAGCAGCAGCGGCAGGAAUCAAAGGCCUCAGUCGUCUUUCCUCGUCCACGAAGAUUCAGAUUCCAGCGAGUUUUGGUUGGACCCCAUGCCCAGGCCGCGAUCCCCGAGUCCCAGAGAGAACUCCACUCUGUCCAGUCCGUCCUCAUCUCCCUCACUACCCGCUGGGGCUUCAUCUUCCUCUUCGUCCACUUCUAGCUCGAGCAGCGACGAUGAGGAGCGCCGCAGUGCAGUCCGAAGGCGGAACGUGAUGCGCCGGAGGAGAAUGAACGUUGUCUCCAGAGCGGAAGACCGACCCGAAUCUGUGCAAUCCCUGUUUUCAGCCAUAGACUCUUGCAGCUACCCGUCCAUCUCCGUGGAGGACAUGUCGUCGUCCACGUCAAACGAGGAGAGCUUGGAAGUAAAGCCACGGAAACGAGAAAAGGGGAAGCGCCUUCUGAGCCCCUCAGAUUUUGUGUGUCCCAGCCCGGUCAUGUCUCAGGGGAGUCUGGAGCAGGAGGAAGCAGAAGACCGGACGGCUAGAGACGAGGAGCUGAGGACUGCGGUGGCUGAAAUGGGCAGCAGUAGUAACUCGCAGGACAAUCGGCUGAGUCCAGGUUUGAACGGACAGCACCGGACUGUGGCGUCCUCUGAUUCAGAUGAAGAGGCGGGACUGUCCCACGCAAAGACUCACAGCAACUUGAAAAGAACUUACGCAGAGGAAGGAGAGGCCACUUCCUCUGAGAAAAAAAUAAAGACAUAA